UCUCUCCUCCUGCUGUCCAGUGAUGAGGGUUGUGGGAUGGUUGGAGGCGUUGCUGGAGGUUUGCUCUUCCUCCUCCUCCUCCUCGGUCCCUCCACGCGCCCGGGCUCGAGGACAGGCCGGAGUGACGUCACGCAGGGCUGGUCUCCGGUUUAUUAGCAGCAGAGCUCGGAUCAGGUCUGAGGAGCUGCUUCAGUCCGCAGCUCCGGAGCCAGAGGUGUCUGUCCUGCACCCACAAACACCGACUCCCUGACAAAGUGUCGCAACUCGCUUCACUACUCUGUGAAUCAAACUUUUUAUUUUCUGCCAAACUGAGGCUCCAACACUCCCUCCUGAUAAGUUCUGAAUGAGCCGGUUCACGUAGAGAACUUUUUCUGUUUUUUUUUGUGUCUUUCUUUCUCUUCUCCACGCUGGGAUAAAGUUUCCACAGACUCGUGAUGGCUGUCCUGUCACUAGCUUUACUCCUUGUAGGAUUUGCACUGACUUCAGCUGACAAGGCUGGUGAAGUAGAUAAAGAGGACCAGCUGAGGAGUCGGCUAAAGGAGUACGGUCUGGUGACGCCCUUCAGCACCGACUCCCACGGACACUACCUGUCACACCUGCUGUCGGCCACCCACAAGCAGCGCGUCAAGAGGGAGGUGUUUUCCUCUGGUGACUCCGAACAGAGACUUUUCUUCAACAUCAGCGUCUUCGGGAAGGAGUUCCACCUCCGCCUGCGCCCGAACAACCGGCUGGUGGCGCCCGGAGCGAUGGUGGAGUGGCACGACGAGAUCCAAGUACUUGGAAACAUCAGUGCCGCCAACGUUUCCACAGUGGACCAGGCAGAACCCGGGGACAACGCAACGGAGAGGAUACUGCGCCGCGAGCUGCUCAAGACGGACUGCACCUUUACUGGUGACAUCACGGACGUCCCCGGGGCCUCGGUUGCCAUUAACAACUGCGACGGUUUGGCCGGGAUGAUCCGGACCGACUCAGAUGAAUACUUCAUCGAGCCUCUGGAGAAAGGAACCCAGGAGCUGGAGGACCAGGGGAGGGUCCACGUGGUUUACCGGCGCUCGGCGCUGCUGCAGGAACAGUCGGACAUCUCUGUGGACUACCAGCUGCAAGAACCAGAACUCGAUGUUCCCAGAACCCUGGACUCUGUGAUCCGGCAGGUCAAUGAGACGCUCCACCACCGCCGCCGUCGGGAUGCUGGAGAGGACGACUACAACAUUGAAAUCCUGCUGGGGGUUGACGACUCCGUGGUUCGAUUUCAUGGCAAGGAGCAUGUGCAGAAUUACCUCCUCACUCUGAUGAACAUCGUGAACGAGAUUUACCACGACGAGUCGCUGGGCGUCCACAUCAACGUGGUCCUGGUGAGGAUGAUCAUGCUGGGCUACGCAAAGUCUAUCAGCCUAAUCGAAAGAGGAAACCCGUCGCGCAGCCUGGAGAACGUCUGCCGCUGGGCCUUUGUGCAGCAGAAAGGCGACCCCGACCACGCAGAGCACCACGACCACGCCAUUUUCCUCACUCGCCAAGGCUUCGGCCCCACGGGCAUGCAGGGUUACGCUCCAGUCACAGGAAUGUGCCACCCGGUCCGGAGCUGCACCCUGAACCACGAAGACGGCUUCUCCUCGGCCUUCGUCGUGGCUCACGAGACCGGACACGUGUUGGGCAUGGAGCACGACGGCCAGGGGAACCGCUGUGGAGACGAGACGGCGAUGGGGAGCGUCAUGGCCCCGCUGGUUCAGGCGGCUUUCCAUCGAUACCACUGGUCCAUGUGCAGCGGGCAGGAGCUGAAGAGAUACAUCCACACGUACGAUUGUCUCCUUGACGACCCCUUCAACCACGACUGGCCUCAGCUUCCUGAGCUUCCCGGCAUCAACUACUCGAUGGAUGAGCAGUGCCGAUUUGACUUUGGAGUCGGCUAUAAGAUCUGCACUUCAUUCCGCACGUUCGACCCGUGCAAACAGCUUUGGUGCAGCCACCCAGACAACCCUUACUUCUGCAAAACCAAGAAAGGACCUCCUCUGGACGGGACCGAGUGUGCGCCUGGAAAAUGGUGCUACAAAGGUCACUGCAUGUGGAAAAAUCCAAACCAGGUGAAGCAGGACGGUUCCUGGGGCUCCUGGAGCAAAUAUGGCUCCUGCUCUCGAUCCUGUGGAACCGGAGUUCGCUUCCGGACUCGUCAGUGCAACAACCCGGCACCCUCCAACGGCGGUCAGGACUGUCCAGGAGUGAACUACGAGUAUCAGCUCUGCAACACCGACGACUGCCCCAAACACUUUGAGGAUUUCAGAGCUCAGCAGUGUCAGCUUCGAAACUCCCACUUUGAGUUCCAAAACGCCAAACACCACUGGCUGCCCUACGAGCAUCCCGACACCAGUAAGAGAUGCCACCUGUACUGUCAGUCCAAGGAGACGGGCGAUGUGGCGUACAUGAAGCUCCUGGUGCAUGAUGGGACGCGAUGCUCCUACAAAGACGCCUACAGCAUCUGCGUGCGAGGAGAAUGUGUGAAAGUCGGCUGCGACAGAGAGAUCGGCUCGAACAAAGUCGAAGACAAGUGUGGGGUUUGUGGCGGAGACAACUCUCACUGCCGAACCGUCAAGGGAACUUUCACCAGAACGCCAAAGAAAGCUGGUUACCUUAAGAUGUUUCUCAUUCCUCCUGGAGCUAGACAUGUGAUCAUCCAAGAACAUGAGGCCUCCCCUCAAAUUCUUGCGAUCAAGAACCAGGCGACGGGGCACUACAUCCUCAACGGGAAAGGAGAGGAGGUGAAGUCCAGGAGCUUCAUCGACCUGGGCGUGGAGUGGCAUUACAUGAUCGAGGAGGACGUGGAGACGCUGCACACCGACGGCCCUCUGCACGACCCCGUGGUGGUUCUGAUUAUACCCAAAGACAAUGAAACUCGAUCUACUUUAAUGUACAAGUACAUCAUCCACGAAGACUCGGUGCCCGUGAACAACAACAACGUCAUCCAGGAGGACACCUACGAGUGGGCGCUCAAGAGCUGGUCGCCCUGCUCCAAGCCGUGUGCCGGAGGGUUUCAGUUCACAAAGUACGGCUGUCGAAAGAAAGGAGACUCUAAGAUGGUUCAUCGAGGAUACUGCGACGCCAACAAGAAGCCGAAACCCAUCCGCAGAAUGUGUAACCUCCAGGACUGCACUCAGCCUCAGUGGAUCUCAGACGAAUGGGAGCAUUGCACCAAGACCUGCGGCAGUCUGGGCUUCCAGAUCCGGACCGUCCGCUGCGUCCAGUUCCUCCACGACAGCACCAACCGAUCUGUCCACAGCAAAUACUGCAGCGGCGAGAAGCCCGAGAGCCGGAGGCCCUGCAACAGAGUCUCAUGUCCUGCUCAGUGGAGGACCGGAGCCUGGUCAGAGUGCUCGGUGACGUGUGGCGAGGGGAUGGAAAGACGGCUGGUCACUUGCCGAAUUGGAGAUCAGUGUAACGGCGAAAAACCUGAGAAUGUGAGAAUGUGCAGACCUGGACCCUGCCAUGAUGAGCCCUGUAAUGGAGACAAAUCCAUCUUCUGCCAGAUGGAGGUCUUAGCGAGGUACUGCUCUAUCCCGGGCUACAACAAACUGUGCUGCGACUCCUGCAGUAAACGCACUGGAGUUCUGUCUUUGUUCUCCGAGGCAGCCGAGACUGAGGAGCAUGUUCGUUUUGGAUCUGCCUCACAGCUCUUGGAGACGCUGACGGCCUCUAUAGCCGCCAACAGCACUCGAGCUGGUAAACAAAGCUCGGGCAAAGGAUCCAACACAUCUGGCAGCGCCGCAAAACAAACCACCACCACCACCGCUCCGGUUAAAAAAGCCCCGUCGAAGAUCACCACAGCACCGAGACGGGUACCGAGACACGUAGAUCUCACUGGAAGGAAGCUCUCCGCCGUGGCAGAUCCUACCGAGGGUCAGAGGUCGAGCAGCUCCAUGGAUAGCCGGCAGCCCACAGCGUAUUCUGAAGUGGAGAGAUGAAAGUGACGCCUGUCCCUUCAGGACUCGUAAUGUACAGUAGAAAAUCCAGCUUCAUCCUGAGUCUUCUCACACCAAAAACACCACAGAGAGUGAAAGAAAAGUGCUGGUUCACUUUGUUUUUAAGAAUUUCCCCCCAUAAGGACUUUAAAUCUCACUUUGACAUCUCACGGUGACCUCUGGGCUGAAAACUGCUCUCACACGUUAUGUUUGGACGGAAAAAUGAUCCAGUAAUUUCAAGGUAAAAGGGGCACAUGAUCCAAAGGGAAUUUUCAUCCGUGUCUAAUGAAAACUAAAUGAAGUUCAGAGUGAAUAAAUUCAGGGAUGCAAAAACAGCCAAAGGACAGUUUAAUAAUGAAAGGAUGCCUCUGAUUGAUACACCCACUCCAAACCAAUCACAAAGAAGCGGUCGCUUAAUUCCAGCCGCGCUCUUGACUUGUUGAACCGACGAGUGUUGGCGCUUUCUUGAAGAAGUCGCCCACACUGUCACCACCGAGGUGGCAGGGAGGCAUCUGCGUUUCCCUUCCGGUCGGUCCAUUUCUCCAGUCUUUAAUGAAUCGGGCGCCUGCUGUCUCCAGCAGACGGCAAGAGAGAAAAUGUCAACAGGUGCAGAAAUAACACCUAAUCCAAUUUGUGAAAUUGUAUGCAGACCCGCCUGAGUGGAACUCGCACAGCACAGAAAUAGAUCCAGGAAUCUGCUGCACAUAAGCAGCAAAAGUCUCACAGCUUAGAUUCUAGUAAAGUUGCACACUCUCGUUUAAUGUGGCCGUUAAUCAAACACCUCGACGUCGUCAUCUUUGAGCUGGUAGUUAAAGUCACGGAUAAACGGUUUUAAAGUUCCUCAUACAUCUGAUACAGCUGAAAAUGCCCUUUACUUGAAUGUUACAAACUGCCAUUCUUCUUGCCAAAAAUCUUCGUAUGAAGCUUGACUUCCAGACGGUUCAUCUGGAAUACUUUAAGCUAACGGAAAGUGACCAGAGUCGUGUCGGUGAAAACCAUUAGGAAGAUGGUUUUGGUUGUAUAGAUAUAUAUUUUUUAUGUCCUCCUUUUGCCGGUUAAGUGGCACUCUGCAGUUCCGAUGGAGAUGAGUAUUUAUAAAGCUUCCUGUAAAUACUGUACAUGAAAAUAUCAGUAUUAUUUUGAGGAACCGAAGAUACUUUCCGACACCAGUUUUAUAACCAAUUUGAACAAUACAAGUUGAUUCAAGUGUUUACCUUCUCUGUGGCGGUGUUGGUGACUUCACCAUAAACGGAUAUAAAGGGGAUGGUUUCACGCUGGGGCAAAGUUGUCUCUGGAAAUUUCUCUUGAGGACAGUGUAUUUUGAUGGAACUUUUUGGGAAAUAGUACAUUCGUUUGCUUUCUUGUUGAGAGUUAAAAUGGAGGAUUGAUAGCACUUUCCUGCCUGUAUGCUAAAUAUGAAGCCACCAUAGACUGUUUAUAAAGACGAGCCCCCCAAGACUUCAGCCAUCGGUCGCUUAAACUGUGUUUUUAAGCUCAGCAUGGUGGCUCUGGCCGUCUCCAUUUUCAGUCCAUCAGUAGGACUGUAUUUGUACCACAUCGUUCAUAUAAAGGAAAUGCAACAUGAAGACGGAACAAAAGAGCAAUAAGAACAGAAAAAUCGACAUCCUUCCACCAAACCACAAAAACAUCAUGUCAAACAUGAAGGACUCAAAUGAAAAGGGAAUGAGAAACUAUUAGAAAUAAAUGAAACACCAGAUGCAGGAUUAUUCAAAAAUUCAUUGAAACAAACAAGAAAACAACAAAAAGGUAAAGUGGUAAAUGAUGCAUAAAAUAGACUAAAAGUUAAGGCAGAAUCCGUAACAGCAAAAUAGGACAUUCAUUUAAAGUUAUCAAUAAAAAAAAUAGAUAAAACAGACAAAAUGUAUAAAUGAAUUUAUCUGUUUUCAAAAGAGUAAUGCAUUUCAAAAAUAAUGAGAAAUAUAAUGAAUUAAAAGCCACGUUAAACUUGCACAAAGUGGCCACAACUUUAAUUAUGCGAAAUUUUAAGACUUAAUACAAAUUAAAUGGAUGAACUCUAUAAAAAUUAACUUCCUGUACAUUUGUCAUGGACAGAAAAAUGAGCCAGAGAGACCAAAAAGAUUGUGAACAUGUUUAUUUGUACUGUAAAGUUCUUCAUUUUAACAUAGAGGUCUAUGAGGAUUGACUCACAUUUGGAAGCGGCCUCAAGUGGCCAUUUGAGGAACUGCAAUUUUUUAUCAUUUUGAGUUUGUGUGAUUUUUCAGUCCCAGAGGUUGUAAGCAACAGUCAGGAAACUGUUAGUUGAACUUUCUAUGGAAGAUAACAAACCUGACUCUGCCUGAAAAUAAAAUCUAAAUACUAGCACCUUCGAAUUCUAACUUAUUAUAGCUUAUUGUAACUUAUUAUAUAACUUUAAGCCUUAAUACAACUUCAAGGGGUGAGUUCUAUAAAAACUCACCUCCUGUGCAGUUGCUAUGAACAGAUAAAUUAGCUACGGAGAACAAAUCAGUUUUUGUAUCAGACUUUAAACAUGUUUAUUUGUACUGUACAGUUCUGCAUCUUAACAUGGAAGUCUAUGAGGAUUCACUCACUUUUGGAGGCAUCUUCAAGUGGCCAUUUAAAGAACUGCAGUUUUUUUGCUUCAUUUUUUUUAACUCCAAAGUUUAGAAGCAAGAGUCAGGAAAAAGUUAACUUGAAUUCUGAAGGAAAUAAGUAGCCUGGGUCCAUCUAAAGGUAAAAUCUCCUUAUGAGCACCUCUAAAUUAUGCAUAAAUUUAAGCCUUAAUACAAUAUAAACAGGUAAUUUUUAUGAAAAUUCACCUUCUGUACUGUUUUCAACUACUGAGAACAAAACCAGUUUUUAUGCCAGCCUGUAAACAUGUUUACUUGUACUGUAAAAUUCUGUAUCUUAACACGGAGGUCUAUGGGGGUUCACUCACUUCUGGAGGCAGCCUCAAGUGGCCAUUUGAGGAACUGCAGCUUAAGCUAAUGCUGAAAUCUGCCGACCAGCACCUCCAAAACUCAGUACUUACUAUACAACAUCUCAUUUUUCCAUCUGGGCUUUCAUCAAGGCCAGUGUCUGAAAACAGUUUUAUUACCUUUACAGCCAGGUUUGGUGCUUAGAUCUCCUUCAUAUUUUGCAUAAAAACAUUAGAAUCUCUGCAAGAAAGCAAAUGAUUUCACAAAGCUUUUUCUUUCAGAAGCAUCUCAUGCACAUGGCUUCAUCCCAGCUGUUUGUUUUCCUAAAUCACAAGUUUGUAUGGUGCUACCCAGUGACCUUUCUGACUCUUUGUUUUGCCCUCCUAGUGAAAGUGUUUGCUCAGAAAAGUUGAAGUUGUUUGGUCGAAGAAGGGAACUAAGUCGGGACCAUAUUUGUCAAGUGUUCUCAGUACUGUGUGUCUUAAACAGUAGAGCCUUGUUCAGCUGGAAAAACCAAGAAAUAAAAGUGUUUUUACUUUGAGAAUCCACACAGACGCCGCAGUCUUAGUCAUCCAAGUCAAGGUAUUCCUUCAAUAAAAAGAAACUGGACUUCUUUCUUUUGGUUCUUGAAGAUGUUUCACCUUUAUCUAAGGGUCUUCUUCAGUUCUUCAUGACUGAAACAUCUCCCAAGGACCAAAGACAACAAGUCCUACUGCUUUUUCCUGAAGUUCUUAGGAUGUUAACAUGAUGAACAUCUUCACAUCAUGUUGAAACGCUAUUUAGUGUUGGGUUUUUAGUUUUUUUUUCAAUAUUAACAUUAAUCAGUCGAUUGAUAUGAUUUAUUCAUGGCCAAUCCUGAGGUAACAAGGAGUCCAAAAAACAGUAUCUGGAACCAGUAGCUGCUAAAGCUUGCUGUCAAAAUGUAGAAUAACACAAACUCUACAACAAAACAUCCUAAAAAUGUCUUAGUUUAUGUUUGGUUUACAUGUGUUUGACUAAAAGAGAGCUUUCCACCAAUGAUUCUUCAGUGUUUUAUAGGCUGUUAGUGAUGAUUUGUAAUCGAUCAGACGGUGCUAAAGAUGGACUGAAAUGCAUUUAUUCUAAUGGGAAUUGGUUAAAAAGAAGUAAAAAUACCAAUAAUGCUAAAUAUCAGAUUUGAAAAACAUCCAUUCUGAUAAUCGUUCCAUCCCUAGUGAUGUAUGCUUUUGGAUUAAAGUGUUUCUUUGACCACUAGGAAGCAGACAGACUCUAAAACAGACUCUCCAGCUCUGAUGUUUUCAUAGAAUUAUAAAAAGCAAGCUGUCGGAAAUCAGGUGCUUAUUUUCACAUUCACUGCUUGAAUUGCAUUAGACUAAUUUAUUUCAGCUCUUUGUCGGUUUAUUAAUUUUCUCUCGGAGUCGUGACAACGUGCUAAAAGCUGAUGCGGAGCUGUGAGGUCAGGUGUCGAUUCUCAACGGAUUCAUCGCAACACUCGACCAUUUUCACAACACUCAGUCAUUUUAACGUCAGACAAUUUGCUUACCGGUGCUUUGAGGCCAUCUGAACAAGGCUCUACUGGACAUUUUGUGUUUGCAUCGUCGGCACAAUGAGAAGCGCGGUGUUACUGUUUGUGUUUUUCUCCAAAGUAUUUUCUGAAUGGCUUUUUUUAGUGAGAGAAAGCUAUUUAUUUUUUUAGAUAAAGAAAAGGAUUUCCUCACAACCACCAUGCAUCUGACUGCAAUAGCAAAGACACAGUUUUUGUGUUCUCAGCAAAAAAAAUAAAUAAAUCGCAACUACUCACACUCAUUCCUGUGUGCCAAUGUAUAGAACAUGUAUAUAGCAUUGAGUACAGAAGUAUUUAUUGAGAGUUGAAGGGUUCUGCUUUGUUUUUACAGCUUGUGCGGCCGCUCAUGAAGCUGCAAUGGAUAAACCAUUACUUCAUCCUCACUUUUUUCCCCAUUUUAAAUGGAUUUCUGCUUUUGGUAGACUAGAAGUGACAUAGUUUUUUUUUUUUUUUGCAAACAAUUAGAUGUAAAUAUACAUGCUCAGAUUUUGGGAUGUUUUACUUGUUGUCAGAAGGCUGUUUUUUUCACAGCUGUUUUGUAGUGAGUUGUUAACGGAGCUCGCAGCAGCAUGUACUGACCAGACAAAUGCUUUAUUUUAACCAAUGAAACAUAAAUAGUGUAGGACCAGUAAACCAGUAAAGUUGGGGUUUUUUUUGUAGUUUGUCAGUAUUUUCUUGCAAUUUUACAGUUUUCUCCCCAGUUCUUUUCACGCCAUGCACUCGCUGCCUAUAAAACUUUGCUGCUGAUGCUGUAGAGAGCUUGUAAUGGUAACUAGCUAGCUGUAGAUCGACAAUCCCUGAGCCUCAGACAGAUAUUAUUACUGCAUAGGACCCUCCAUGUACUGUACUGUCCGUGCAUUGAAGUGUUGUGGUGACCGCCGGUCCCUCUCUGCUCUGUUUGCUUUUCUAUGUAUUUGUGUAGAUUAAAGUGUACACUACUGAUGCUGUUUGUUGUAAUGGGGAGCACAUAGCAAUAAAAGAUAUAAAUAACUC